AUGUGGGACGCGAUCCUAGCGAUGGGACGCGCCGCCUUGGCCGAAGCCCAAAGGGGGGACGUCUACGACGAGAAUCGGGAGGAUCCAGUCGAUUUGGACUCCAUUCCUGGCCCCGAUGCGACGGACCCUUCCACUGCGGUCAGACUCACUGUGGAGAACUACGAGAGUUUCCUGAAUUUGCCUUUGGAUUUUCAGGGGUUCUGUGUUCAGAGUCUGGUUGCACGGAAAGGCUUGCUGGUCCCGGGCAAUCCAGCCUUGGGAGUGGUGAGGUAUGCUGGAAGAUAUUGUGUCUUCUCUUCGGAACGUGCCAUGGCGGAGUUCUGUACCGAGCCGGAUCGCUUCUUCGCGGGCGUGCGCGAGGCAUGCUACCGCCAGCCUGAGUUGAUUCACCUUCUGCGAGUGCAUGAGGACUUUCCCAGGUCCUCGCUUCAAGCCAUCCUGGAGAUGAUGUCAGGGCAGCAGUCUGUGAUGCUGGCGGACGUGGCUUGCGAGACGCCCUUACACUUUCAGGAGAGUUACAUCGACAAGAGCUAUGAGUGGAACGAGUGGAAACUUCGGCAGGAUGCCCUCCAUGUGGCUGAUAUCCGGCGCAAGACGACCUCCACCACUCAGACGGCCUUUAGCCACCUCCGAAGGGAAAACGAGACGCAAGUCUACCUACCCAAGGAAGCUGCCACCAGCACCAGCACCUCGCGGGGAACCAAUCCUCCCAGGCUCAAAAAAUACUUCGUGGGUCUCCGUGGUGUGCCUCAACCAAUGCAAGUUGCCGAAUGCAGAUACGAUCUUUGA